CUGCCUUCCACAUAAGCAGGUUUCCCAUAAGCGUCCCUCCAGACCCCGCCAGGUUACCGAUGGAUCUCCAACUCUUCAAGUAAACAUCACUGGAAGUCCAGAGUAAGGUGGGCCAUGGGUCCGGCGUGGGAACAUCGACGACGAUCGUAACUGAAGUGAUCGGCGGAGCCAGGGCACGAUGAGCGCAGGGUACAAAGACUGACACGUGAUCUACCUGGUGCUUGAAAGAAGUACUGCAGAAAAGCAGGUAUUCGAUCAACCACCCGUCAACACGUACCAUCACAGCGAGGGCUCCCAGGAAGGUCACAUUCUUGCACACGGUUGUAACGCCCAAUAAGAGACGAUGACGACCGUUACGACAAAUGAAUCUAAGCUGGUGCUUCACAAACUCCUUGAACGAGCAGACCUUCUUUCCUACUACGACAAAUUCAUCGAGAUAGGCGGGGACAAUGUUCAGCAGCUUUUUGACUCGACGGCGGAGGAUUUCCAGGAAGUGAUUGAUCGUGUUGAUAUGGCCAGAAAGCCAUUUCACGUCAAGAGACUGAAGAAAGCACUGGGCCAGUGGACAGGACAGUCAGCCGCGGUAGCGUCCAGUGCGGCCGACGAAUCAGAAGGGGAACUUCACGAAUUACUUCGACGAGCGGAUCUUCUCUCCUACCACGACACGUUCAUCGAACUAGGCGCAGACAGUGUGCAGCAGCUUUGUGACUCAACCGACGAAGAGUUCCAGACACUCGCCGAGCACGUAGGCAUGGCCAGAAAGCCCCUUCACGUGAAAAGAUUGAAGAACGCACUCAAACAGUGGUCAUGCCAUGCAGCCGUAAUGACGUCCAUUCCUUCAAGCGAGUCGGAGCGUGAAAUUCACGAACUGCUUCAGCGAGCGGAUCUCCUCGCCUACUACGACAAGUUCAUCGAGAAAGGCGUAGACAAUGUGCAGCAGCUUUUUGACUUGACGAAAGAAGAGUUCCAGGAGUUGAUGGAUCUUGUUGGCAUGGCCGGAUUCCCUUUUCACGUGAUGAGCUUCAAGAAGGAACUGGAACAGUACACAGGGCAUCCAGGAACUGAUCCGGCAGCUCAAUUUCAUCUCCACAUGGAAAGGUCGCAACAGUGGAAAGACGUCAGGAAGGAAAUGCACGAAGCUAUUGCGGCCAAAGACGAGGCUGGUGUUCGAAAGUGCCUGGAUGCCGCGCCUGUAUUGAAACUGUGGUUGGACCCUGUGAAAGAUAAGUCAGCUCUUUACAAAGCAGUCGAAGAGAAAGCUUUGCGUAUUCAUGGUCUCUUAAUCUCGCGCGAAUGCGCCCUCAAAGACGACGAAGACUCAUCGUGUUACGAAGGUCUCACACAUGUUGAACGAGCUGAAAUUCGUCGGCAACAAUAUUACACCACCAAAUACGAGGACUCCUACAUCGACUCUCUGAAAAGCAAAUCCCGGAGCGCCAGCGGAUGUGAUGACUUCGGUGUACGAUUGGAGAAGACGUUUAAGCAGCUCUCCAGUGAUGAAGUAAACAAGAGUAUCCUGAAAGUUGUUGCAACAGCACCACACCUAGAUAUAGUGUUCGACUCUGUGGCUGAAAACGUUCAGAGGAUUACUGGAUCCGGCGGGUGUUCCACACGUGGUCUGACCUAUAGUAAAGAACAAAGGGUUUACGUGUGUGGCAGCACAGAGAAGCGAGAAGUUUGGGGAACUCUCAUUCAUGAGUUGUCCCACAUGGCACUGUCCUUAGUUUACACAAAUGAGGGAAAGCCAUAUAACAGCGGCGAUAAGGAGAAGGAACGUCAGUACCAAGAAAUUCUGAACGACGUUAAAGGAAGGAAAAAUAAUGUGCAUUUCCUUAUCCAGAAAGCCUUCGACAAUAAUGAGGAAGAAGAGCUAAUUGUACGGAUUCCUCACAUACUGACCGAAUGUGACGAAGGAAAUAGGAUUCUGGAGCUUCAAGCGCCGAAACUACUAAAGUUUUUCAAGGACACUGUCAUGCCAGACAUGCAGAGAUACAUUCUGAAUGGAAUCCCGUCCAUAGAUUCAACGGAAAUCGAAAAAGAGAACGCAAGACUUGGAAAAGCUUCCCAUGUUGGCCAAUUCAAAGUCAAUUUCGAGAAGCCGCUGGACCUGAGUGACCUGCAAAAUAUGCCUCUUCUCGUCCUUGCGGGUCCAGAACUGAGUCUCCUCGAAAUAAUGGUUCACAACACUGUGCAAUGCACAGGGCAGCCAUACUUGUUUUUCGAAGCAAACCAAAUGGACUCUACGCUGCAGCAUGUGUUAUUGAACUACAAAUGUCGAUUGGUGCUUGUAACGGUUUAUCCAAACAAAAACGUCCCAGAUAUUAUUGCACUUCUGAGUGAAGUAUCCCGUGUGACUGGAACAAACGUCAUCUUGGUUGUGAAAAACAGUGACAAAGAGUACUUGUCGAAUUUGUACAAAUUCUUUGCCGGGAAACAUGAAGUUCGCAGUAUCGUUGAAGCAGACAUCCAAAAUGUCACGCGCGACAGCAAAGAAGAAUUGUUUAAAAAUUCUUCGUUAAGCCUUCAGGGCGAAUAUGUUUCAAAAUUUCCGAAUGUAAUGCAUACUGAUGCUUUCUUACGCUGCUUAGACACUUCCGUUUUCCUAAACCUGUGCCAAUAUAAGACAAUUGACCUGGGACUUCGUCUUCCUGAACUUGAACGUUCUGUCAAGAACUGUUAUGUGGAGCGAGUGUUUACAAGGACUGUGCAAAUUGACCUGAAUGCGUGCAGACUGGACGAUGACAAGAAUGAGGCUUUCGCACUUUUGGGGUCUCCCGAUUAUUGUGCUGCAAAACUUGUACCUUGUGGCUACGAGGCGAAACAUCAGGAAAAUUUAACGCAGUUUGAAAAAUUCGUGGUCCUUCAAGAGUCACGUGACUACGACGCUCUCCUAAACAACGAUAAAUACAGAGAGAAGGUAGUGCACCUGCUAAGGCUAAACGAAUCCCGUAACCGACUCUUGUGGACCAAAUCAAAUGGACGUCUCAGUCACCUUCCAAUGACGGGAAGUGACUGUUACACCGAGGACGCUUUGCUGAAAGUGCCCGAGAAGGUCGUUGUCGUCUCUGGAGCACCUGGUAUGGGAAAGAGUGUGUUGGCAUCUCGGUUGUGUACACAGUUAAAAACUCAAGACGUGAAGCGGUGGGUGCUCUACGUCGACCUUCCUCAGAGAAUGGCAUCGGUUGAAACUGCAUCGCCUAGUCUGAAAUAUCUGGCGGAUCUGUGCCAAGUACAAAAAUAUGGCCUGGAGUUCGCUCUGUUCCAGGAAAGCUUGGACAAUGGAAACCCUUUCAAGGUCGUUGUCAUGUUGGAUGGCUUCGAUGAAGUCAAUGAGGAAUGUCGAGAGUGUGUGGUGGAACUUGUACAGUUUCUAGCUAAGAGAAAAAUUUACAAGGUGUACCUUUUUACUCGCACUGUGUUUAAACGCCAUGCACAAGAUAUCUUGCACACGGUGUCAUACGAUCUCGUUCCUUUUUCUGAUGAAAACCAGAAUGAUUUCCGUACAAGAUAUAGGGUCCAAGGAGAAACUUCAGCGACCAGGAAUUACGCAUUUGCGGAAAAAUUCCAGCAACUGUACGCGACAUUGAAAGAGAAAAACAAGACAAUCCUGGAAACCCCUCUCCUACUUCGUAUGAUGGCUCAGGUGGAGAGCGGGGAAAUUACGAAGUUGAACGAUUACUCUUCGCUGCUUAAUAUUGCUGACAUCUCCGCCGGCCGAAGUAUAUACACUGUACACAUCUACAAGAUGUUUGUCGAGUACAAGCACCUUGUGCACCGCAAAGAGAUGGUGAAGGAAGACAUCGUCCUAUGUGCCACACGAGGGGAGCACGAUGCAGCGCAGUCUUCAUUCUACGCAAACUAUAGUCUCCUCGCUAUGAUGUGUAUAUUUCCUGAGGAUGCCUUGGAAAUCCUAUUGAAUGAAGACGAAUUAGUGCAGUUAGAUCCAAAAGGAAGUUUCAUCAAACGCGUUGCAGACAAUUCUCACAAAGAAGGCUUUGUGAAUGGAAUUAACGACGGAGGAACUCCCGAGUUCGUUCAUAAGACUUUCGCCGAAUUCUUCGCAGCUCACUAUCUCCUCGAGAAGGCAAAGAUCAGACAAAAACUGAGCUUUAGGAACAAAGUCCUGGAAUUGUAUGGUAAAGUAGACUACGAGGGUGUAAUGCUGUUGUUCGAUGGACUGGCGUCGGCGUCCUAUCCACUUCACUCUGCUGUGAUGAACAACGACGCUUCAUAUUUUGAGCAACCCGGUGUCAAAAGAGUGGAUAUGUUCGAAGUCGAUGAGCUUGAAAGAACUGCAUUGCACGUAGGAGCCCUGCAUUCUGAUGAAGCAACAUUGAAGAGGCUUCCAAUGGACGAUGAACUAAUCAAGGAUGAUUUGUUUCAAAUGUCACCAUUCGAGUACGUAGGACUCUUUUUCCCAUGGGACGCAGAGUGGAACAAUUAUUUGUCGACUGUGGCUAUAAAGAAAUAUCUGCGGACUGAGACUUCACCUGUGCAAGAGAGACUCGACGUAUUAUGCGCUCGAUGCAGUAAGGAAGCAGUGAGACGUUCUACCCAAAAUCUGCGCAGGUGUGAAACCUUCGAGCAAAAAAGACUUUUCCUCGAGCGAGCAAUAUUCACGGCUGUGAUACACGACCUACCAGGCAUUUUAGACGUGUAUCUGAGCUAUGUGUCCCCGAAAGAGAGUACCGUAAUCCUAGACAGAGACAUCACGAACCAAUUAGAAACACGCAGGGAACGAAGCUUGAGAUGUUCUGCAGAGCCUUCGGUAACUGGAAACCUUGAUGCCUUUGCAGACAGUGACUAUAGAACUGCCCCUUUUUACGCAAAGUCCGAGGCUGUUUGUAAAAUGCUCCUUCCUUACUGCGAUAUGGGAAUUCUUGACAAGGAUGGAAACACAAUGUUGCACAUUAGUGCGAAAGAAGGAAAUCGGGAGACAACACAGUUUCACCUCGCACAUUUAUCCGUUAACAAGAGAAAUGGACACUUUCAAACUCCUUUGCACUUGGCUGAAGAUGCAGAGAUUGCGAAGCUACUUCUGCCUCUUUAUCCCUCAGUGAAUGUUCUCGAUUCUUAUCAACGAACUCCGAUGGAUAUAUGUGUAAAGAGAGAUUAUUUGGAGACCAUGAAGUUGUUACUCCUUCGCACUCGAACAUAUGACGCACAUCACAUGAGACUGAACACAAUACUUCAUGUGGCUUCUGGCUCUCGUUCUCUUAAAGCUGUGACGUUCCUUCUACCUCACACAAAUGCGCACAUGCUUAACUACAAAGGAGAAACGUGCUUAGACGUUGCUUGGGCAAUUUGGAAAUAUCGUUUUAGAUUGAAGUCCAACGUUUUGAGGUGUCUCAUCCCACACUCGCUCGUGAACUCACCUGAAACGUUCGGCUCAUCACCGUUGUACGUCUGGGCGAAAGAUGGUGGAAGGGUAUUGAUGCAAACUCUAUGGCCUUAUUUGCGACACAGUGACCCUAGGCAUGCACAGAGGAUCAGCAGAGGAUAUGUGAAUGUGGAACUGAAUUGGGAUUUCCAAGAAGAAAUUUAUUCUCUGAAACUUCUCUUCCUCCACUUAGAUGACAUCGCUGGUGAUCCUUAUAGCCGUAAACUCCUACAUGAUAUGGCCAAGAGAAAGCUUUUUUGGAUACAAAAAGUAAAUUAUAUUAAUUACGUGAAGCUGUUACUGCCGCAUUUAAAUCUCACUGAGCAGGAUUAUGUAAAAUAUAGCGCACGAAAUAAUGACAUUGUUACCUUAUAUCGGAGAUGGUCGGACAUGAGUAACAUCGAUGAUCCCCAUAUUCACGAUGUCAACGUGGAAAUGGUCGGCGACGACGGCAGUAUGAAAUUGCUCAUAGAAGCAGAGGAAGGUAAUGUGGAAGCUGUGGAACUUCACCUCUCCCAUUCAUCCGUGUGCUUUACAGAUGAGAGAGAGAACACUGCAUUGCACUUGAGCGCGUGGAAGGGACACACAAAUGUGGUGAAAUUUCUCAUUCCUCUCUAUACGUCAGUGGAAGUGAUCAAUGUGGAUCGAAUGACGCCCAUGCAUAUGUGCGCCUCAUGGGGACACCUGGACGUUGUAAAGUUAUUAUUACUCCGCUCUAGAAUGAGUUCCCGUGACAAGCUUGGAAAGACACCUCUUCACUUGGCCUGUUACAGUGGUGCCGUUGAUAUCGUGAACUUCCUUCUUCCCCACUCCUUCCCUAAUAUGCACAACAAAGUGGGUUACACGUGCUGCGCCCUUUCCGCUAAAAGAAGGGGAAUGAAUGUUCUGAGAUGUCUCAUCCCUCACUCUCUUAUGAACUGUCCUAAUCGGAGAGGCCAAUCACCAAUGCGAAUGUGUGCAAAAGAUUAUAUGAGAGAAGAGCUGGUGACAUUAUUGCCAUAUUCUUGUGAUUAUGACGCAACGAGUUUAUUGACUAUUCUCCCGCUGUCAUUUCGUAAGGACGAUACGAGUAUGGAAGCUAUGCCUUGUCUGAAACUGAUGGUACUCCACUCAGAUGUCAAGGCAGUAGAUAAGUGUUUCUGUGCAACACUCAGACGCAUUCGAAAGUAUUAUGUAGAGAGUGAUUCAUUCUGGCGUCCACAAGAGACUGAGAUAUCACUAAUCCUGAAUUAUAUUCCUCUCUUGCUUCCGCAUACAAAUGUUUCUGCUAAGGACGAUGAAGACAAGAAACUAUUACAAGAAGCCCUUCGAAGUAGCCAAGAUCCCGAAUUUUUGAGCUUCCUUCAGAAAUGGACUCGCUUGAGGGACUUUCAUUCAUGAUGCUGACGAUUGUUGGCAACGGUUGUGGUUAAGCACCAAGUGCCACUGAGCUGUCAAUGGACACGAGCUCUGAAGAUGAUAUAGCAGUUUUAAUAGAGGUAUCAACAGCAGUAUACUGAGUCCUUGCCUUCAUCCGAGAAAGCACAAAUAUUCAUCCAGUGUCAAAAUGAAAGAGAAAAGAUCACUUUUCUGAUUUUUUGUGAUUGUGAUUAUGACUUACGCAUUUUGCUUCAUAUUCCUUAUGUUACAAAGUACUAUUCCGUAGUAGGUUCAUAAGGUGAUUUGAAAAUGUGUAAAAAAUGUGUCUAUUCCUAAUGUGCUAGUAAUAUGGUUAGCUAUGAUAUGCCACAGUAUUAGAAUACGGCUGCGUGCGAUUAUGUUCGGUGUCAAAUGUAUAUACCCAAAUGUCAAAUGUAAAUGAACAAAAGUGUUUUUCGCACAUUGGAGAAGGUUUAAUUCAAAUUAUUUUGGAACUCUCGCUCACUUCGCUGCAGAGUUGAAUAAAGUAAAUAUUGUCGAGCGAAACACAUGUGUGAUACAGUCAUACUUUUAUUACGACCUAAUAAAUGUAAGGGUUCCAAAUUGCUUUUCCAGUUAUCGUUACAGAUUACGGAACAUAUUACUUUGAAGUAAUCAAGGUUCGUGUAAAGGAACCUCGACUGACUCAAAUAUGCCUGUUACAAAUUAGAUUUGUGUACGUGCGAUUAAAUGAUUAUAUGCAGUUGUC